AAAUAUAACAUUUUUCUUAUUUAAAAAUUCAAUUACUUCAAUUUUUAUGGGAAAGAAGAUAUAAAACACCAACUGCAGAAUUCAGUAAAAGAAAGAAUAUUUUUUUAGAAAUGAUUGCCAUAGCCUACGUUUCGUGAACAAUCGCAAUCGUUCGAGCAUCGAGGCUGGAAAAGUGAGUAUGGAACGCGUGGAACUAUGGGUGAUUUCAAGGCCUCUGGCAUUUGUUAGUAUUACAAGGCAAACGCAGAGUUGCGAAACUUCACGUUGUUGAUAGCGUUGCUGCUGUUAUCAGAUUACUACGAUAUUAAAUACCAUGUGGUCACAAACGUAGAUCGAUAACAUUAUGCGCCCAUCUCUUUCGAAAACUUCGUAAUAAAAUGAAAAAAACACACACAGAUAAAAUAUGGAAUAUUCGUGCACUUUCGAACGAUGUUCGAGCGUCAAACGCGACUAAAUGCAGGUGCCCAGGUACUGAUAAUUUUCUCUAGAAUCGAGAAUUAAUCAUCCGUCUACUAAGUAGGUCAAUGACACAAUUACACAACCCGCUGGCUUAGCAGACUCGUGCGUGCAUUUAUGGCCUUUGUUGGAACAAACGCAACGCGUAUAAAUAUAACCGUAAAUUCGCGAUAUCUUCUGUUUUUUUGCCACGUCGAAGAAACAUUGAGAAUUGUUUGGUUUUAUUUCUGAUUUUUUCUUUUUUUCAAAAUUUUCAUGUAUCUUUGUUUAUUAAUUCUUCUUCUUAUACUUCACAUAUUUCUCUUUACAUUAAUAUUUCUGCGCUUAUUAAUGCUUUUGAUCAUUCGUUCAUUCGAGUUAUUUGGAAUUGUUUAAUUCAUUUUAUCGGUAAUUUUAUGUUGGUAAAAAUUUUGUAAGGAGGAGGAAAGAAAAACAUGACGAAUCUUACAAUAGUUGGAUAUAAGUUCACAAAUCGGUCGUUUAGAUUAAAUUGCAGUUUUUUCCUACGAUAAUGUAAAUUAUCUGUUCGCUUAUAUUCGCUGCUCGUAUUAUGAAAGCGUAGGAUUACUAGAAAUUACAUACAUGAAAACAUUUUAUCAUUUCGUUACAUUCGUAAAGAUGCUCUAUGUGUGUGAAUUAUACAAUUUUUUUUAUCGCCAAGCUAGGGGAAAUAAUAUGAAAUGACUGAUCAAGAUAAAGUACAUUAUCAGAAAAAAUUUUCCUCGCUGCGAAUGAAUGAUUUACAAAUUUAUGCUGACUUAGAAUAUCUUAUAUUCAUUCGGUAAAUACUUAUUUAAACUUAAUUAAACUAAAUAAUUUCAACCUGUUGUUACUGCUUUUGUUUUCAUCUUUUAUAUAUGGUUCCACAAUAAAUGAAACAAUUUUUCGAACCCACACGCGAAGGUCUAUCGAUCAUAAAGUUUUUGAGAAUUCGGAUUUGGCGAUAUAUUUAAAAUCUUUAGAAUAUCAUCCCUUAAAUUUUACAUUCGAUCAUACAGUGAUGCGUUUUCAUUGCUCGAAAAAUGUUAAUUUUAUAAAAAAAUUGACUUACACCACUAUGAUACUUAGCUCUUCGUAUAAAGCUACCGUAUUGAGGAUAUCGAUCACCGACAUGGAUCAAAAUCUCCAUAUUCUCUGCUUACCACGAUUACAUUGGCAAAUACAUAUUUCAGCACGAAUAUGAAAUAACAAAAAUUCAUGAAAAAUCGUUACAUGUUAUAUAUUCGCCUAAUGCAAAGCAUCCGCAUGCAGCCACGCGGGGUUGCACGGCAUACGUGGUCGCGGCUGCCGAUUUUUCGGUCGUGCGACGGAGUUUCAAAGCUCACGGCCAUUCCCACCACCCGUCGAUUUUCGCGCGCCCAAUUCUUCGUUCCCUUUCGUGUAUAUUCGUGCCCCCUCCCCUGCAUCCGCGCGUAUCGUCACGAUCGUGCAGCGAGCGGCGUGAGUACUUGGCUAUAAUAAGCGAAGGGAACAUGUGUGAAAACCGCGACCUUGGUCCCACGCGGCCAUUGGCCGGAACCAAAGGAAGCCGACUGCCGUGAUUGGCCGGUUCGUUCGAAACCAGACGCGACACCCGGUGCUCCGCAUGUGUACGAUCAUACGCGUGUACCGCGGAAUCUGGCGGCAAAAUUCAGACACAGAGGGGAACUAGCUUGUGCGUUCUGCAUUCGCGACCUUGUCAGGCCAUUGACCGUCGUUUUCGCCCCUUGGCUCUGCCUUUCUUUGUCGCUGUACAACCAGCAGCCUGUCGCGUUCCCAACGAAUCAACCUCUUUAUCUUUUCGCUCGUCUUCCAAUCGGACCACGAAAUACUGCGUGUUACUCAUGUUAUGUAUGUAUGGAUGUAUGUUCGAUGAGGUAUGUUGAGUAACGUGCACGCGAUGCACGUGGCUGAGAUGUUAUCGAUAUAGGGCUACGGCGAAAGAGCUUCUUUUCGUCACUUCUUGGAAUAGUUUUAUAGAUAUAUUUUAUAGAUGUAGUGUAUAGAUAUAUUUAUAGAUAAUCGUAGGCUUACAAGUGAUUUCAGCGAGGUAAAUUGUUCGAUUUCCGAAAGAUCGAAUGCUGAAUAUUUAAGCUAGUAUUAAGAAAUUUGUAACCAAAUUGAGUUGGUUGGUUUGGUUUCUAAAUAACCAUGGAUAUUCAUAUAAAUGUGAAGUAAGAGGUAAUUGAGCGGAAGACAUAUUUUUGUUCCAACUGUAUGUAGUUUUGCUUCUCGAUGACCUAACAUUAACGCUACGUAAUUCCAUGUGUACUCGAGUAACGACGCUUCUCGAGAUCGAUUUCUCAUUAUUUUUAACUGUACCAUUUGAUUUUACCAUUGCGUUGCUGUCAAUUGAUUAUUACGGGAAGCAAGGAACCGAAACUUUUCUAUACGUUCAGACAUUAAAUUCGCAUCAUUACAUUUACACGUAAUUUCUCUGUAUUUAUCGCACGUGUCAAACUGGCGCAGGAGUCGAACUAGGGUUAAUUCGUUUGAUUUAUGAUUUCUACGAAUCACGAGGUAGGACAUACUUUAAAUCGCCGCACGAUACCAACUAAUCUCAUACGUUGUAUUCUCCGCUACAAUUUUAUUUUUAAGAAACUAACAUUUUUUCAAAGUACACAUAACUCGUACAGUUACCAGAUUGCUAUCGUCAGUAGCAUUUUUUAAGUAUAAUAUAUUCACAUGUUUGUAUCGUAGAUUCCAUCGCGAAAUGAAUCAGAGAUUUGAACAAAAUCCGUGUCAUUUUCUAUGAAACAGCAACGGUGACAUUUAAUUUAUGGCGCUUCCGGGUUCUCCGUACAGUAUGUUAGACGUGCACAGAGUAAUAGAAUUAAGGUGUGCGAUGGUAGAGGGAACGAUGACCAUGGUAGGAAACUGAAAACCCUAGCCCAUAAAACUUCUUAGCAGCUGGCCUUGAAGUAUGAAUAGAUUGCCCGUGAAGAGUGCAUUGCUCCGUUGCGUAACUGAGCGCGUGUUAUUUGCAAGUUUCUUCUCGACGUGGAGCCUGUGGACGUAGUGAAUUAAUAUCUCGUUCUUAAGCUAAUGGCAUUCGUUUAACAUGAUCCUACCACUGAUUGUUUGGUUAUAGUGAACAGUGAUGUUCAUUGGCUUGUUUCGAAUUUCCGAUCUUCGUGUCACUAUAUAAAAAAAUUUAAGAAAUUUUAUUCAUUCUAAAAUAGAAUUCUUUCUAAUAAGCUGUUUGACUAUAGUUAUAGUGAUGUAACGAUGAAGUCACGAUGAAUAUACAAUUUUGUAAGAGACAGGCGUCUUCCUGUUGAUAAUCUUGAUUUAAAAAUCUCGAGAGACGGAAAUCUCGAGUGAAAUGGUUUAUCCACGUGUUGCAACGUAUCUAACAUUGCUAUCGCAUAAUUCGGGUGCGCCAUUGUCGAGAUUAAAAAUUUUACAGCAAAUUUCGAGCGAUAAUGGUGUACCGAUAGCGGUAAAAUAACGGCAUAUAAACAAUGCUCGCGUAUCAUUCGGUUUAGGAACUUACUCGUUCAACCACUGAGAUCGUCAUACAAUCAUAGACUUCCUGUUAAGAUGCGUACUUGAUUACAUGUGUAUUUUUGCAUGCCUCGUUCUCUAACUACUAUAAAGAGUAUUUUAUUCUAGAUAUUUUAUACAUUUUUACACGUUUUCUGCGUUCACAUUUUUGAAUAUUUAAAUUUUCCAUUAGUGUAUAAACAUUCACAUAGCAUUUCGACAAAAAGUAUACGUUGCAUCGGAGUUUCUAAAUAAGAUAAUAAGUAUAUUUAAAAAUAGAUGACAAGUAACGUCCUGGACCUAAAUUUUACUGAACCAAGGUGUUUAAUGUUUGUUAUAGUAAUAUCUGAGUCAUAUACGCCAAUAGUAAUACAUUUUUAAAAAAGAUUGUAUACUUUAUUGAGCGCUAAAGUUAUUCAUUCCAUGGCGUGUGAGUCAGCAGUGAUCCACGAUAGUUACAAAAGCUAGAUGAACGAGAAUAUUCUUGUGUAGAUUACUGAAGCAAGAUAGGUCUAAAAGAAAGUAAAAGUGCAAACGAUUCGUUCAAUAUGUUAUUUAUUUUUAAUUUAACUAAAAUACGAAUUAUCUUUCUGACAACAAUCUUUAUACAGAACAAAUAGCAACCAUUGAUACAAUAUUCAUUUCAGUGUAGCGUUUAAUUUUCCUGCACAAUCCUUUCAAAUCUGUUGAGAAACAUCAUGAUCGAAGUUCCGUUUCUUCGACUUAAUCGUAUUUUCGUUCCUUUCUUCUCUCGCAAAAACUAUUCUUUUGAUGCAACAUCGAACUUUCUAAAAUUAAAAAUCUGUUAAACGAAAGAAGAAAGACCGUGAUCGCAAUAAAGUCAAACGAAAAUUAAAAAUACGCAAUAUACGUAGAAAGUACGUAAGAUAGAGACAUAAGGUAGAGAACAAAAGAAUUGUAACUCUUUAAAAUGCACCACGAUAUCUCGAGAAAGAAGAUAUCAUACGCAAAAAGAGUAUUAUCGUAUUAUUGCGCCGUUCGUAGAUCGUAGGAGUGUUUUGAAAGAUUCCGAGCUGAAACACAUCCGCGUCUUAUUUUCGCUGCGUCGAUCCACACAAAGGAUGCGGGAAUGCCAGGCACAUGUUUCCGGGUCCUGGUUAUGAGCCGCUGGCAUAAGCUACGAACACGCUACGCAAAACGCCCACACACGCACACGCGAGUCGGUCGUUGGCCUCUGCACACCACACAUCUAGGAUAUAUAUUUGGCUCGGAUACCUGUAACGAUACACAGCUUGCUAUAUUUGGAGUAACGUUCAAGGCACACAGGUUAAUCCUCGCAGCAUGCAGCAAGCACUUUCAAGAGCUCUUCGAAGGAAUGCCUCCUUCUCCCGCGGGACUGAUCGUUAUUCUCGACGGGACGAGUGCCCACAAUAUGGCGUCCCUUCUCGAAUUCAUGUACCGUGGAGAGGUCCACGUGUCCCAGGAAUCCCUCAGCUCUUUCCUCAAAGCAGCCGAAUGCCUUCAAGUAAAGGGUCUGUCCAUCGAGCACGAGAAAUUGGCAGUAGCGCAGAGGCACGCUGCGGAGAACAAUAGCUCAUCGACGGACGCCGGGGAUGGCGGAGGUGCUAGCAAUGGCGGUGGUAGCAGCGGUAGCGGCGACAACGGAAGCGGGAACGUGAGCGGAAGCGUCAGUGGAAAUGGUAACGCAGCUGGUGGUGCCAGCGGCGUCGGUGGAGGAGUUGGCGAAGUGAGCGACAUGAGCGAAGCGGGUGAAGCAACUAUGGUGAGAAACACCAUGAAGAGGACCCCCACACCGGUACCUUCGCCUGCCCCUGCUUACACCGUGCCCAGCCUCUAUUCCACUACCUCUCACUAUUACGAAAGUCCGCCGAAAAGGCUGAUGAGAUCGCCCAGCGACGUCGAUACCUUGGGAAGGGCGAGCGUGUUGCGCGAUGGCACUGCCUUCCGGCCCGCAUCAGCGCCACAUCCGCUUCUCCUGGAGAACCACUUCUACCAGCCGUUCAUCUACCCUUCAGAAACGCCCGCACAUCCCCACACCGCACCUCACACACCGACAGAAUUGGAACAAGAAUUAGAACGAGCGAGGUCCGAGGAGCGUAGCAAUUGCGAUCUCAAGGAAAGCGUAGCCGAAGAUCUUCGAAUAAAGCAAGAACCAGUGGCGAUGACCGAUCGGGAAAGGGCAGAAAAAUUGGCAGAAAGAUUGUCAGGCGAAGUUUAUUCCGGGGGAAGGGGGUUCGAUGGUGGUCAUUACGGUUCAAAUUCGGACCACAUUCAACACGGGGGACAAGUUGGCCACGCCAUAGUUCCCCUGCCGCCCGCUCAUCCGCCGACUCCUGAUCUCAGUCCUGCACCCACCACUCCUGCUAUGUGGAAUACGAAAAUUAACAAGGCUGGUACUGUCUCCACUCCCGAUGGCAAGAAACUGAAGUGUCCAUACUGCGAGAAGCUGUACGGCUACGAGACGAAUCUGCGAGCCCACAUACGGCAGCGUCACCAGGGUAUCAGGGUGCCGUGUCCGUUCUGCUCGCGGACGUUCACGCGGAACAACACCGUCAGACGACACAUUGCACGGGAGCACAAGGCCGAGCUGAAUCUGAAGUCCUUCCAACAAACAAACCACUCGAUGUCAGACACGGUGCCGCAGUAACGGCGUCCUCGUUGUCAUCGUCGUCAUCGUCGUCGUCGUCUUCGUCGUUGCCAUCGUGGUUGUCGCUGUCAUCGUCGCGAUGACAUCGAAGACAGCCCUGUGGCUACUCGAGUUACCUGCGAGUGGCACGAAACGGAAAUACCACGAAUGCUGGAACGAGGAAGAAGCAACGAGGGCGAAAGUCUGUCCACCUUUUCCCUCGACCAACGGCGGUCAACGCCAUCCCCAUCCCAUGUAGCAUCCGAGUGGCGCUCGGGACUAAACAUUUCCUCCGUGGCGAAAUCGCCACGCUGCGAUUGACAGCGUUGCGCCGGAAGUCAACCGACGCUUUGACAGCGACGUCGACAAAGGAACUGUCCCGCUGUGUCUCGUCUCGGCGAUUCUAAUAGUUGUCAAUUACACCAGUCGUGUUUUCGGCUGAGCGAUUCACCGGCCGAAAGCGUCUCGAGAGCGUCACUAUGAAAGAGCAACCGCCGGAACACAAAGAAUCGAGCUGAAGAAUUAGAUAAAUUUACCGCUUAUGCAGAUGGUUCGACGUGGCGUUCGACUUACUUGAUCGCAUCAAACAAUCACUCACACAUACUCGAAGGCUCAAUGGAUGCUGGACUUUCAAAAGAUUCUUCGUGUUUUGGGUUACCACUACUUUGAAUAUUCACGUUGCUCUAACGAUUGCACGCUCUUGGUACGCUUUUGCGGAUACGAAUUGCGUUUCUCGGAAUAAAUUGUGGAGGAUGGACGUGGCGUGAACUUGGAUGCGACAGAGGUUGUUGACCAGAUGUAGUAGAAAAAAUUGUCGCGCUAAUCGGAUCAUAAAAAAGGUUAGCAUUGGAAGAGAGGGAAGAUGAAAGAAGGUAAAGGAAGAUAAAGGAAGAUAGAAGAAGGUAGAAGAGUGAAGCUUGGAAAAACGUCGACGUCCGAUUACUCGCGUAUCUCGCACAAAGGUACGAGUGGGAUGAUUAGGGGUGGGAUUGAGGGAGAUGAAAGCUCGUCGCGCCUCGGACACGCUCGCGAAAUAACGCUGGAUAAUCACAAAACUAGUCAAUAAAAGUGCAACGUCGAGUAAGAGUUAUUAACUAUAAAAGAGAAAGUUGAAGAAAAACAGUUUUUAAAAGAGCGCGAUAAAAGAUAGGGAAGUUAGAGACAAGCGUAACGCCGAAAGAUCGAAACCGAAGAAAAGACGCGAAUAGUUGAAAGCAUGUUGAAACGCAGAUUCACAAUGUCAAGAGAGAUUAAGCGAGUAAAUUACGAGGAAGAUGAAUAAAAAAAAAGACGCAUAUCUCAGGUGAAUCGUACUACCGUAAGCCAGUAGUUCUCGAUUUAUUUUAUUAUCUUUUUCGCCCUUCUGCUUUGUGGUUUACAUAUACAUAUAUAUGUAUUUAUACAAUUCUUCACCAUAUUUUUUCGACGACUCCUCGCGUGAACGAUCAGGAUCGUUUUAAGGAGUCGUACGAAUACCGAUUAAUAUAUAUAGUAUAAAUAUAAAUAUACCGAACAUAUAAAUGAAAACGGUGCAAGCGCUGUUACGAGAAAUAGGUUUAAAUGAAUGAAGCGUCUACUUACUGCCGCUACUUUAUUUUAUUCGAUAGUUACGAUCAUGUUACCGAUGGAUUAUUAAGAAUUAUCGAACUGAUUACCAAAUCACAAUGCAUUGAAACGCUGUUAUUAUAUAUUGAUACUUUUACCGAUUCUACCGCGGAGAAAUAACACUGGUACUAUUAUUGCUGUUGAUGUCGAGAGCCUAGGGUCAAGACACGGGUGAUAUCCGUACAUAAUUCAACACUUUACAACUUAAACACGUACGCGUUAGUGCCAAACAAACUGAGAACACAAAGAAAGGAAACAUAGAAAUUAAAUCGCAUUUUCUCGAUCAUACAUUUUUCUACUCAGGAUAGGUAAUCGAAUUUCUAUUAUUUUUUUACGCAUCUCCACACACGAGACGGUAACAUAGAGACGACGAACGACAUACACUUUAUCCGUGAAAAAAGCACACAUAUCCGGAAAAGAGAGAUAGAGUGGUGCAGAUUUUUCUUGUAAAACCAACACUGACGCAUACCAUCUUCUCCACUUUUAUGUUUUUCUUCUCUUCUUUUUAUAUAGAUAUACCGUCGUUUUAUAAAGAAUUUAUGAGAUUAUUAACUACAAUGAUAAAGAAUGGACAGGUUGUCGAGUUACCAUAUUAUUAAAUAUAUCAUGUAGGCCACGUGUGUAGAUUCUUCUUGGUGAAUGCGUGCAAAGCGGAGGUUCGUAUCGCGCGAGAAAAUAAGCAAUAAUCGUUAAGAUACAUAGAGAAGAACUGAUCUUUCCUUUUUGUAAGAAUGUUGUUUUUUUAUAUCUCUCUAAACGCACUGUAUAUAUAACCAAGGGACGCCUGUUCUUAAACGUUAUUAUACACGAACAGGAGUUUCCUGGUGAAAAAUCAGGGCGUUCCACGUGCUACGUAUUACGAUACGAGAUCCAAGAUUUUUUAGCGAGUACGUUUAUAUUUACCUGAUCGAUGAAGAAUCACGAAGCAAUCGCAUUCGCUUGGAAAGAUCUCAAACGUGACGCGUUGUACGUCACGAAGAACAAUCACUACCACUUUGUUACCUGUUUACAAUGUUUAAAUAGCGGACUUUUGUCCGAAGCAAUAGUCGAGGAUAAUAUAUAAUAGGUGAUAUAAUUAUGAAACCAAUAGACCAGGACGAACAAGAAAGCAUAGGGAAUAAUUGCUUAGAUACCGGUUGUAUAGAAUGUGAUCAAUGCAAUAGUUUAUUAUUAACGAUUUAACCUAUAAAUAGAUAUAUAGAUACUCCUAGUCAGGAUAGCACCACAAUAUUACUUGUUGCAGUAUUUCACACGUUUAUAUUACAGACUUCUAUCUUCUCUCUUUUUAUUCUUUCUCCACUAUUACGAACUCCCAGCCGUUCUUUUUUCUCCCUUUUUAUUAUUAUUAUUAUUAUUCGUUUAUCAUCGUUUUCUUCAUAUCCGUCAGUAUCUUGUCUUUUCUCUCGCUCAUCUCUUUUUCUCCUAUUUUUAUUUGUUUGUUACGUUACAGAGGAAAAUCAGAGUUUAACGAGAGUUAUCUCACAACGAUAUGCCUAUCUUCUUAAGAUAUCAAAGACAAUAGUUAAUAGGGGAUUAUUUAGUAUUUAAAUGGUCGUAAAAGGUUUAGAAUAUAUUAGUAAAAGGAAACUAUUUGUUUCGUUUCCGUUUUCGUUGUCUCGUUCUUUCCCGUAUUUUCUUGUUCGCGUUGCAUGUGUUCUUUUUACGUUUCUACAUUCUCUGCAUAAUUCUCUCUUUUUUUUUUUACGUUUUUCUUAUUUUCUUAAAUACGAUAUCAAAUCGCGAACCGGAUUGUUCGCGUAUUCUGCCAAAUGACGAUACGUAUGACAGUACUACCUCAUCGUUUUUUAUAAGAAUGCAUACAAAACACAGGGAACAUUGAGAGACCACUGAUAGAAUAACAUCUGUACAUUCCGUACAGCCGCCACUACUCGUCCGGUUAAUGUCGGGAUUAUUCUCCUGCUGUUAUACCCUGAGAGACAGGGUACGAGCGUGAAUCUUGAAGCUCUUCAUCGAAAUUCCAUGCAAUAUUAAUAUUUAUUUUCCAAACAUGCUGUCAUUCAACACAUACGAAGAAUAUAAUGAGUUAUAAUUUCUGUUUUUCAACGAAACAAUUUUCUGACAACUAAUCUCAAUAUUAUUGAAAUUGUUGUAUAUUUGGUUUUUCGAAUUCAAUGUGUAUCAUUAUAUCGGGAUAUUUGAAAAAACAGCGUUCAGUGCUGCAACAUUAGUUAUACAUUUGGUUUCAUACAAAAGGAUUUAUUAAUUACCUUAGGAAGAUUAUAUUCAUUUACAAUUAUAUCAUCAGAGAAAAUACUUUGCGAAUCAGAAAUUUAAAAAGACGAACUUGUCACAUUUUCUUCGCGCGAUCUUGGCGUUGUAAUCGUUCGUAGAAUUUGUGAAAGAUCGUUUUCGUUCUAGCAUUUGCAGAUCGUACAAACGACGUCUCCUCCGAACUUUCAAACAAUUUCAUUUUAUAGACAUUAGUUUAACGCAAGUGCCGUAGUAGCAAAGGAAUUUCUGAUAGACGAAAAGCUUCAAGGAUCGCAAGCACACGUGAUAUAUAAGCUCUACAUACGAUUAUAUAGUAGAUCAGUUUUUUUACGAAGUUGCAUUAUCGCAUACGUACACAACUGUAUAUGUAAUAACUUACCAUUAUCUAAUAACUUUCCACUAUAUAAGCACAGUGAGGCACGUGAAUGUGAGUACGCGCGUGUGUGUGCGUGCGUGAGCGCGAGAGACUGCGUGACAAUUUAUAAAUAAAGAAACGCGGCGAUUUCAUCGUUUGGCAAGCGAAGUCUGGUUCCUCGGACCGAUCACGAUUUUUCAGUCAGAGAAAUGCGAAAAAGAAAAAGAAAGAAGAACGAAAUCAGGUGGAAAACAAAGGAAACAAACGAAAGUAUUGUUUCAUCAUGAACAAAACGAAAAACAUGUGAACUGAAAAAAGAUAUCGCGAGUGUGCAGUGCACAGGUUUAAUUAGCGAGAGCGAAGAAGUUUUCAAUAAAUGGGGUUAAAAUGGAGAAAAUCCAAGUGAAAAUAUCAAAUCAGCGAAAAGUGUUUCGAGUGCACGCGUGCUUGUUUCGUCGACGAAUUUCGCGGAUCAUGUUUUCCGAUAAUCUCGAAGGGGUUGAUAACAAAAAAAUAAAAAAAAAAAAAAAAAAAAAAAUUCUAAGAAAGAAACUCGAAAGCUGACGAACGAAAAGAGCAUAAAUGGAAAUUGAAAAGGAAAAACCAUACGAGACGUUUUUAGGAGGGCAAAUUAUUUAGAUCCGGACGCGAAGGUGAUAACCGAUGUUCUUUUAGGGCUGACUAAAGGGUGAAUUUUCUCGAGGAUGGGGCUAUAAAAACAUUUUAGACGACGUGAAAAUUAAUCAUAGAGGGUGGACGAGGGGGCCUCAAAGCAAAAAGCAAAAAAACAAAGACGCUGCGAGAAGGGGGAUUAUUCAAAAGUGUUAUGUGUCGUUUACGUAUGUGAUAGGAACAUACACACACGCGCACACACAUCUACACUGCACGUACAUACACGUUUAUGUACGAAACAGAAAAAUACACACAGAACGUACACGGGAUACGUCGCAAAAUGAUCGAUUUGCAUAUAUGCGCACGAGUGUAAAUAAUUUUGGUACGCAUACGUACUUUGGUUAAAUUUUAUUUCCUUUGUCUCUUCUUUUGUUUUCUUUUAAAUUAAGCCGGAAAGAUGUAUACACGUUUUCUUUUCUUUUCUUCUUCUUCUUUUUCUUUUUUUUUUUUUUUUUUUUUUUAAACUUUUCUCGGCUACUCUGCCAAGUAGAAACGAACGAAGCGAAAGAUCGGGAGUAAUGUUAAGAUCGUACAAACUUUAGUAUUAAGUUUACACUUUUCUUAAGCGAUUCCCUUCAUUUUUAUUUCAUCUAAUAUCGUUCCCUAUUAUUUUUCUUUGUUUUCGUUCUCUUUUAGGUAAUUUUGGGGUGAUGUUCGUAACGAAAAUUCGGGCGUUUAGGAUAAUGCGUUUAUGUUCACAGUUGCGAAUGUUUAAGAGGUUUGGGGCUAAAAGGCCAUGUUCUUUUUUGUUGCUUCGUCGUUAGCUGUUACGAAUUUGCUUACGUAAAAACACGCGUGUACAAUGUAUAUACAGGUGUAUAUAUACGAAGUUAAUGAAUCGAGUAACGAGUGACGAGCAAUCGAUCGUGUUUGGGCAGGGGAUGGAAACGAAAGUGAAAGAUCGCUGGAUCUGAAACAGAUUAAACUUACACCCGUGUUUUGCUAUUCGUCGAAUUAUGAAUCGCGUAGAAUUCUUUUCCAUAUCCGUAAUUCUCCUGUGCUCGAAUUGCUUCUUCUUUUCUGUUUCGUACUCGAUCGCUUUGCAAAUGUCCUUUGUCAUAAUUUCUUUCGUAAGUAAAAAGCUUUUCAAUCUCAAGGAAAAAGAAACGAGAUUCAAAAGUCGCAUAUUUUCAAAUUUAUUUUUACACAUGUUUUUUAUCUUUCUAAUGUUAUUUUCGAUAACGAAGUUUCUCGAUCGUUUUGAAGAUUACGAAAUUAUAUUGGAAAUGUUACUUGAAAUCAAUUCACGAUUCACAAGAGUAGCUUUCAAUGUCCCCUUUUUCCGCGUAAAGUUCCGCGCUGCCUGACCGUAUCCCAGUGUGAUUGGAAACACAUAAACACGCACACACGAACACGUGUAUACAAGCACAAACACACAUAGGCACGCGCAUAUAGGAGGGCCGCGGUAUCGUGCGUACGCUUAGCGUGCAUAUAUCCACGUUGCGAAGCCACGCGCCAGCGUACGCACACGUAUGUACCAUUAUUGUAUCACGGCGUAGGAUAAAAUGUUGCAUGUUGUUUCUAUAAUAUGUGUUUUACGGAUUGAAAAUCCUUUAAUAGAUGUCGUGUGUGACACAGCUUGGCGAGGCGAGCUUUACACCGCGGGUCGACCGAAUCGUUUUGAAUUUCCCGCGUGAAUCACGAGCGUCGCGGAGAAGGAAGAAAAAGAAAUUAGAAAAACAAGGGUAGUGACUUAAAAAGGGGUAGAAAGGCGUUAGACAGCAGAGAGUUCGAUGAAAGACUCUUGAGUUUCAAGGAAAGACAGAAAAUUAGGUUGAUAAUCGGGUAGGGAUCGCUAAAAAAAUCGGUACGAAGUCGGCGAAAAGUAAAGGAACUAGGAAUAAACCUCGUUUAAAGGACGCUCGACACCCGCGACCGAGACUCGCGGUGUAAGCGGGCUUUCCACGAUUUAAAAAACGUAAAAUGAAAAAAAUAUAUGAGUAAAAAAAGAGAUGCUAAUCCUUCGUCACUGAUGUUUGGCAACUGAGAUCGCGUGGGUGGGCAGGUACAGUUGUCGAGGGUAGAAUAAGAACAUUGGCAGAGGCGAACGAAAAACAAGGGGAGGGGGAAUGAAAGGGUGACGGCAGAAAGACUGUCACCGUGGAAAAUAAUUAUGGAUCGACGGAGAUUGUUGCAUGCUCGCGGUGAAAAACGAAGGAGGAUAAGGGUCGAUGUUGUCGCUGCACCUGGGCUGCGCGUGCACUGUCUACUUAUACUAUACCGUUUGAUCGUUGUAUAGUAUAAAAAAGAAAAAAGAAAAAAAAUACAGUAAUAGUACUAUACCAUAGUUGAUAAUGAUUGCAUAGUACAUGUAUCACGCACGCAUAAGCAUAUUUAAACGUGACGAAAAAGUAUAAAAAAAAAAAAACAUAACAUUAAUAAGAACGUAAGGAACGUACAUUACGUAACGAACUUACAUCUUCUUUUUCUUUUGGCGGCAAGAUCGAAUUAAUCGAUUGACGAUUAUUACGAUUACGAUUAUAAUAUUGUAAAACUGUAGGGCUGAUAUUGUCGCGCAGCGGGGCUUCGAUUUCGGUGGCGUGCGAUCCUCGAACGGGGAUAAACGUUUGAGCGGUCGCGACUUAUAGUACAAAAUAAACUGUAAUGCGUUAAGGGGUAUAAAUGAAGUAAUCGAUGGAAAAACGCGAUGAUGAAAUAGAUGACGAUCGCAGAUUUUUGUAAACUUACUAUACACGAUGUAUUAAAAGAAAUGAUCGCAAUUACGAUACUGAUCGACGAUGACGACGACGAUAAAGAUGAUGAUGAUGAUGAUGAUGAUGAUGGGUUUUAUAUAAUAUAGUUGAAUUUGAACGGCUAAAGAGACGGGCAUCGGUAGAACGGUCAAGGGUUCGAUGAACGCGAUUUAAUUAAGCUCAUAACACUGCAUUUCUCGAUCUCGCCGUUUAUUAUACCGAAUGUUGUAUACAGAUUGGAUGAGGAGGCGUAUAAUCUUGUUCGAUGGAUCGUGAUUGAUCGUUGAUCGAUAAAAGUCGUCGAUAUACAGUUUUUAACAUUUCUUCUUUCUUCGAGAUCUGAUGAAAUUGAGCGAAGCAACGUCAUUGCGAUUUCCAAGCACGGUAUGCUAUACGAUUUGUCAGGUUUUUAUUUCCGAAUGAUGCGAUAGACCGAUUGUCUCUGCUCUGCUAUUAAGAAUAUAAAACUACCGUAUUUGUUUCUUUUUCUUUUUUUGCAUCGCUAUUACAUUACAAAAUCGCAACGACGUCACCUGGCUCGUUUGCAGCAAAUCUAAUAAUAAUGAAAUAUCAUGUUACGAUAGCUAAGUUACAAGAAGAAUCGGCGAAGUUUAAUCUAUGCAACGAGACGCAUUAUCCACUCGACGAGAUAUCGAUAUUUCUGUGAUACGCAGGAAAGGAAGGAGGACACGUUUACUUUAAGCAGCGAACGUGCCGGAAGUUUAAAUACCCAUUACAUAUCAGUUUCAGGGAGAUCGAUCGCCCAUUACUUUAACUAUACUUGUCCCGUUUCAUGUGAUCCUCGUGAAUCCUCUUUCCUUUAUCUGGAAUUACAGAAGAACUGAUUGUUCACCGACUGUUCCAUGUGAUCGUACUUUAUACCAAAUAGCUCGCAAUAGUUAAUAUUAUAGUUACAGAGUUGUUGAGAUUGUUUUACUACAGACUGCUGUGUUUGCAGCCGACUUUAUAUGUUUCUUAAUCGUUCAAAGACGAUAUAAGAACGACUUAAACCCAGAGAAUAGAUAAGAACGAUAUAAAUACAAAUAUUUGCGAUUGAUACGUAGAAAAUAGGUUCGAAUGCUUGUUAUGUACGAGUGUUAAUAGCAGAAAGGAUGAAAAGACUGGUGAAACUCGUCACUGCCACUAAGUAAUCGAAUCCUUCCGUGAUCGGUUCGCCGAUGCAAGCUCUGCCGUUCAUCACAGUAACAGAACACAAUACUUCGUCAUACACACUAGUACAAAUGCUACCUCACACAAGAUAUACAGGGUGCAGAAGAAAGCAAAAGAGCGAGAAAAAAAAAGAAAUGAAUAGAAGCUUAAAAUAAAUCUCUGUACAUAAAAGAUGACACAAUUUAAAAGGAAAAAGAAAACGGUAUUUUGCGAUAGAAUCAAACGUCCCAGAGGUGUCGAUGAUCGGCAUACGGUCCGACGUAUUCUAAAGAAAACGACGAUGGCAAGAAAAGAAAAGAAACAAAUUGUAGUAAAAAAAAAAAAAAAAAAAAAAAGAAAAAAGAAAAAAAAUAAGAAAGAUGGGAAAACACAGACGAUAGUUAAACAGAGAUCAGAAUAAAAAAAAAAUUCGAAACGGGUUCGAUGUCGUUGAUCGAAACGACACGACUCGUACUCCACGGUGUCCUUUUCUCAGGAAUAAUGAAAACCAAGUACAAACUACAAAGUAUAAUAGUCGAUAAGAUUAACAUAAAUCAAUAAUCAAGCGAUGCAAUAGUCGAGUGUAUAGUAGGGAUCGAUCCGGUGUAACUUGUACGCCGUUUCUCUUUGUCUCUUUCUCGCUCGUCCCUCCUUGCUAUCUCAUUUUUCCCCUUUUCUCUCUGUCUUUCGUCAGAAAGAAACUAACUUGUUGUUAACGAUAACCGCCGCCGCGAAUCAUUAAAAUAUGAAACGUGUUUCGCGUACGACGACGCUACGUUACUUAUGGCACCGUGUGUUAAUUACGCAUACAAAAGAUUAAUUAAGUGCUCGAACGACCAGUUUCCUCUUCAUUCUCACGUAUCUUGCUCGUUCUUUCUGCUCUCUGUUAAACAGCGGCCAUGCUCGUUAGAGCCGUUUUCGCUUCCGUUCGCCGUUUCAUUCAUUAUGAGCGAACAAAGAGCAGAAACAGCACUUUAUGAUAGCGAUAUCAUUGCGCUAACAAAGAGGAAGAUACGUUUGUGAGAGAGGAAACAAGUGUCGCUUAAAUAAUGAGCCAAUUAACGCGGGAAUUACGUAUCGUAACGACGAUUCCGCGUUAAAGGAGCGACGAACGUUGCUCGUUCGCCGCGUACUUCUUUCGAUUCACGAAUUUGUUAAUUGUUUUAAUCUCUUUAUCCUUAUCGAGCGCUGCUGAACAAUUUCCUUCGAUGAUCCAUCUCCAUCCAACACUUCUCAUCGCGAUGCAAUUAUUCGUCUAAGGUUAGGUUCAUCGGACGCGUCAGACUUUAUUCCUUAAUCUUUUUUGAAUUUCGCGCCACGGCACAUUCCACCGUGGUUAUAAGUGUUCUUGUUAAGAUGUGUUCGUUCUUUGUUGACCGUUUUGUUACGUGGUGUUUCUCUGCCGGUCGGAUGUUCCCUUACCGAACAUUUUUUUUUUUUUUUUCAUUUUCGGUGCCUUUUCUUUCUCCUUGUCUAUUUUAAGGAAGCGGAACGUACAUUUCGUACGAACUUUCAUGAUAAUGAAACAUUUCUUCUUUUAUUCCGUUUCGAUCUUCAUCUCACCGGACAUUCGGUUUAAGCGUUCUGCUUACCAUCUCGUAUAGAACUCUCCUAUUUUGUUCAUCUUUGCAAGAUCUUUUCGAAAAAAUUUUUAAUUGGAUUCUAUCCCUAAGUUUUAUAUUUUGCAUACGACUUUAUCGUUCUUCGUCUUUUCGGAAACAUCUUUCUUUAUAAUAAAGAAGAAGCAAAAGAUCGAUUAUACAAGUAAACAAAUGCGAACAUUCGUCCGGUUGCAUUUUAUUCUCAAACGCUAUUGUCUACAACAUGGUUCAGUUUCGUUCCUCAAAGAAAUCUCUUUUUAAUUUCCACUUCCCAUCGUCGUCCUCCUAAUAUCUUCUUCACCACCAAGUAAUAGACCUGCCCCUUUCGUCUUACGUUGGGAAUUUCGUUAUACUCGGAAGAAACGGACAAACCAUCAUCUCAAUUCUCGUGCAUCUAUGACAUAAUCUUUCUACUGAUAAUAAUAAUAGUAAUAAUAAUAAUAGUAGGUGUAUACGAAACCGUUUCUACCUCAAUGAAACAAACGUACACGUAUAUAUAGCUAACACGUACACGCAUAAGCUCGUACAUACAGACGCAUAUACACUCGCACAAUGUGUACAUACACACACACACACGCACACACGCACAUACACACAUACAUAUACACACACACAAAAUAUAUUUACGGUACGCAUAGACGAUCACGUUAAUUACAAAUAACGUUCGUACAAUUGUGUGUCGCUUACGGUUCCUUCUCGGUUUUUCUUUCUCAUGUGUCCCAUUGAGAGAAGUAUUAUUUUUCUACGCGACGCUCGGCGUAAUACCGUGCGUUUCAUUUUUUUGUAUCAUACAGAGGAAACGAAAAAUGAAAAAGAAAUAUGGAAGAGCAUGUAAAAGAAAACAAAAUCAGAAAACCGCAACAAAAUCGGAUAUACGUAAAAGUAAUAAUUAUAUUGUAUGAUAUAAGAGAGAUUUAACGAUUACGAUGAUGAUGAUGAUGAUGAUGAUGAUGAUGAUGAUGAUAAUGAUGAUGAUGAUGAAGAAGAACUAUAGCUGCCGCGAAUAAAUAUAUCGGAUAAUAGCACUGUCCUCCGUUCUUCCACCUUUUCUCCACCCCUUUUCUCCUUUUCGAAACUGCCUCCUCAAACAUACCAUCCUCCUGCUCCCGCCCCCAUCAACUCCCCAAACCUAAUCUAACCCAAUCUUUCCAUCCUAUCCUCCCUUCAGACGACCGAGUUUAUGUAAAUAACAUCCGUUUAUAUUUAUUUAUUUAUGUUUCUAUGCGCUGGACGCGUCUAAGUUACACGCAAUUUCAAAUUAAUCAAUAACUAUUCCUAUUGAUAGAACGAAAGAGAGUACACUGAUUUUUUCAAUAUAAAUAUAAAAUGGUAUAUAUAUAUAAAUAUAUAAAUAUAUAAAUAGAUAGAGUAUAUUAUAUGUAAUAUUAAGAAGGUACUUGUUUAGAUCAUAAGCGUGCCCCAAACUCGUCGCCCCGCGAUGCGACAUUGCAAGUCGAAGACAAAAGAUGAAAAAUAUAAAUUAAAAAUGGAAUAUUAUAUAUUAUAUAUAUAUAAAUAUACAUACAUACACGGACACACACAGACAUAUAUAGAGACAGACAGACAGGAACAUAGGAACAUACACAGACACGCAUAUACGAAGAAGAGGACGAAAAAAAAGAAGAUGCGAAGAAACGACGAAAGAAUUAAUAGAAUAAACGCGAUUUGUAAAUCGCUGAAUCACGCGGUGCACGCCAUAUUCGAGUUUCUCCUCUUCUUGUUCGCGAGCGAAAUUUCGACUUAACGUCGACUAGUUUAGGAGAUAAACGAGGAUCGACGAUGUCGAGGGGAUGUACUCUGGGCAUUUCCGCUUUAAGAACGCUAGGGAAUAUAAAACUCGAAGAUAAGAAGCGUCGGAAGAUUAUUUGAAGGUUCGAUCGAUAGCCAAUUAUUUUAUUUCGCAUUAAUGUUUCCCAGUAUUGUCUAUAUAUUUCAGUUUCCUUUUUAACGAAAAUUCGAUUGAUCGAUCGUUCCUUUGGAAAGAAAACGGGAACAGUGAUGCUUUAUUUCAAUUUUUUUUGUUUACAUAUAAUUUUACAGAAGAGUUCAAAGGAGCAGCGUAUGGAACGACGCUUCUAUCGUAGUAGUUUUACGUUCCGCGAUGAAGAUGAAAAUUCUCGUCGUCUCGACAUCGAUCGCGUAUUCAAUAUACGUAAUCAUCGGUCCGCGCGUUCUCUUCGUCGGCAUCGAUUCGGCAGAAACGACCGUUCUUGUUGUGUAUUUUAUCUCGAAAGAAUAGAGGAAGAUCGUGGCUUGCACCGCAGAUCGUACACGGUGGUUACCAAUUUUGUUUUUAAGUUGAAAGAUUAAGUUUUGCGUUACGAUUAUGAGGGAAAUGCGAGGAAGGUGCGUGGUGGAUACGAGAAGGAACGCGAAGAAUACGUAAUGAAAGAGUGUACGAGAGGAGGCGGCAAAAUGGCAGAUGCCUCCAGCGUGAACGGAGCGCGCAAACCGUAGUUGCGUUUUUCGUGUAUGCAAAAUCAUACUUUUGCAUUCUAUUUACAGAAUUAUUUUAUUUAUACGGGAAACAGUGCGCCUGUGUGCGAAUGCGUGCGUGACGAUGCGUGAAUGUGCUUCGGCACGUGUUAAAAAUUCAUUUCUAGCAUAAGCCGAAUAUUCGAAAUGUUUUCAAAAUUGAUCCCUAUGAAACCGGUUCGAAAUGCAUUUUUAAUACGUCGAAGACGACUAGGUACGCCUUGAUACGAAUGUUAGGGAUAGUAUGCGAGUGAAAUGAUUGUUUGAGGAUGCGUGAACGGGAGAGAGAAAAGAAAAGGGAAAAAGGUGAUGAGAGAGAGAGAGAGAGAGAGAGAGAGAGAGAGAAGAGGCAUGGAAAUGGAAUAUAAACGAAGAACGAGUCGAAACUCUGCCAUCUCCAACGAUCCCGGACAGGAACUGGGUUGAAAUGAUGAUGAUUAUAAUCAUGAUUCAUUACGUGUUAUGGUAAAUUACUUUGGAUAGGCAAGCGUGGAGGGGAAAUAAAAAGUGAAAUGAAAUGACGAAUGAAAACGCGAAGUAUGGCGUUACGAUACAUUUUUCUUUUUAUUUUUCUUUUUUCUCCGAACGCGAACAGGGUGGCAGGGGUUUCUGCUACGCCGAGUUGAGUGUAACUCAUCCUCUUUUUUGUUUGUAUAAAAAUUAAUCGAAAUUUAAUUAGACUAUUAAUAACUGUUUAAUUACUGUGAAACAAGAAAACAUUAAUUAUAAAUUACAAAAAAUCUGA